UUCAGUCGUUGGACACAGGUCACCCGGAUAGCAUUCUUCCGACUCCGAAAGGGCGUAGAUGUCCUGAACCACUUAAUUUGCACCUCAAGUGAGUGGAAUGAACUUCGCUUUUUGAAUAGUUAACGUGCAGUGAGUCAAAGUGACUUUUUGUUUCUAAUAUCCUUGGAGAAUCAUGGAAUGAUUUUUUUCUGACAUAUCGCAAAUGGAGUUGUGCUAAACAGUAAAUUAAUUUUGAGCCAAAAGCUCGUUAGUCGCCGAAAUAAAAUUAAAUAGUGCAUUAUAGAGUCUGAUAUUCUUUAAUUAAAAAUAAAUCUACGGAGAAUGUGGAGAUGAUGAUGUGCUAACAAUACUAUGAUGAGACAUAUUUACAACACUCGUGUGCCACAGAUCCCCGCCAGCCCGGCGUAAAAUGUCAUAAAAUUCACUAUUUGAAACAUUCCCAAAUCGACUCCGAAACACAAUGAGUGAAGCAAAGAUAUAAAAGCAGACAACCAAACUUUAUUGUGUUAAAUAUAGAUCAUCGGAAACAUCGUAUCGAAACGACCAGGAUAAGACCGGCCAUAAAAAUUAUUGCGAUUGGAGAGUCUGUACUUGUUCGGUAAUAAAAGUGAGUUGUUCAAUGUUAUCCUUUGUGACAUCGAUAGAAAUAGAAAUGAAGUGAAUUGAUGUAUUGGAAAGCUAAGUUGCAAUCCCUAAAGGCGAUUGUUUUUGAAAUGGAAGUAAAUAAACCGCCUGUUUGAGAGAAGUUUUUCCACUUCGUUGAAACCGUCAUCCGGUGCAGUGUUUGUAGACCGUGUGAAGAAUAUCCAAAACCAGCAGACGAGUGAAGGGUCUGCCAUGAGGCAGUCUGUUUGUGGUGCUGUGCCGUAGGCGGUUUUCAUUUACAUCUGGAUCGGCCAACAAAGGAAUAGAAAGAAAGAAACCACAAGAGAAGCGGAAAAUCUUACGAUUCCCGUUCAUUCUCCCAUUGGGAACGAUUUUCCGGAAAGGCGAAGCAAUAACAGAAAAGUGGUAAAUAGAAUGAUCCUGUCAAGCAUGGUGGAUUUACGGCCGGCUCUGCUGCUGACACUUCUCGUAACGAUAGAAAUCGUGAACACCCUGAAGGAUGUACGUGUAAGCGUUCCAGCAGCCAUUCGACACGGUGACAAUGCUAAUUUGAUCUGCCAUUACGAUAUGGAAGGAGCCGUCCUGUACUCGGUAAAGUGGUACAAAGGAAAACGAGAGUUUUUCCGAUAUACACCGAAGGAGAAUCCAGCACUCAAAGCAUUUCCGGUGCUCGGUAUCAUGGUGGAGCGCUCACAGUCCAACGGAAGCCACUUGACGCUGACCGCAGUGGAGCCAACCAUGUCCGGUAAAUACAGUUGCGAAGUGUCCGCCGAUUCACCCUCAUUCCACACAAUGAUCGUAUCUAGCGAAAUGGAAGUCGUUGAUGUCCCAACCACCAAACCUCACAUUACAGGCAUCAGACCGCACUACCGAGUAGGGGACCUACUGGCAGGUAAUUGCACAUCCCACAACUCGAAACCGGCGGCCAAUCUAACCUGGUUCGUGAAUAGCAACGAGGUCAACCAAAAGCAAACAGUACCAUAUCAUGUUUGGAAAAAUACGGAAACAGGAUUGGAAACAUCAACACUCGGACUGCAUUUCCAUAUAAACCAUCACCACACGGGACGUGGUAAACUGAAAUUUACGUGCGUUGCCAAGAUUUACAACAUCUACGAACAGCGAACCGAGAGGUACGUGGAGGAUGAACAACCAAACACAUUCGCCUCAGUCUCGCCGGUGGGAUUGAGCGUGAAUUACAUCCACUCGCUGUAUGAUCAAUUUCCAGCGUCUUCCUAUCAUCACCAUGACCACAGCGGCGGUGGGGGUGAUUUUGACAAUCAAACAGCGAUGCCUACAUGA